AUGUUGAUUACCAUGCCGAACCUGCGGCAGCUGUCCGUCAUCGCCAUUUCACUCGUGUCGUUUGCGCUGCUGUUCGGCGCCCUCCCCAACCUGUUCCACGAGGACGAGAAGUCCAAGCCGCCACAGGCCCCGCAGCGCCCUCCCGGCCCCAGGUACAAGCCGACGCCGACGUGGACCCCGCCGCCCGUCAAGAACAACUUCCCCUCGCUGGCCACGUCGACCCCGCCGCCCAUCCCCAAGUGGAACGUCGCGCGCAAGGACGUGCACAAAGAGUACGACCUCGACGUGGCGCCGCCACUACUAAUCGGUUUCACGCGCAGCUGGCCCAUCCUCCUACAGGCCGUCGUCGCCUACAUCACGGCGGGGUGGCCGGCCGACCAGAUCUACGUCGUCGAGAACACGGGCGUGCAGCAGGCCAACGCGCGCGGGCAGCUGUCGCUCCAGAACCAGUUCCACCUCAACCACACGACGCUCAAGACGCUGGGCGUCAACGUGGUCACGACGCCGACACUGCUCAGCUUCGCCCAGCUGCAGAACUUCUACCUCUCUCUGACCUACGCCCACGGCUGGCCAUAUUACUUCUGGAGCCACAUGGACGUGCUGCCCAUGUCGUUCGAGGAUGGCUUCGCCGGCAAGACACCCAAGUACAGCGACGCGGGCUACAAGAGCAUCUACACGCUGGCGCUCGAGGCGCUGCGCGACGCGCGCGCCAACUCGCCGCGCUGGGCCAUCCGCUUCUUCGCCUACGACCACCUGGCGCUGGUCAACCCGGCCGCCUUCGAGGACGUCGGCGGCUGGGACACGCUGAUCCCCUACUACAUCACCGACUGCGACAUGCACUCGCGCCUGGGCAUGCGCAACUGGACCAUGGCCGACGCCAAGGCCGGCAUCAUCACUGAUGUCAGCGUCGCCCUCGACGACCUACUCGUCCUGUACCGCGUCGACGACAUCGAGCCCUCCUUCUCCGACCCCAACCCGCCGCCGCCCAAGCCCCCCAAGCCAGAGGAGGGAGACGACAAGGAGAAGCCCGCCAAGGACAAGAGGGCGGCAGCAGAAGACGAACUCGCCGUCCCGCUACCCGGCCGCCGCCGCUCCGUGCUCUCGCGCCGCGACGGCGACGACGACAAAAAACAAGACGAGAACUACCGGCGGUGGCGGCACAUCGUGACGACGGCCGACGAGAUGUACAUGUACAAGCACGGGGAGCGGGGGCGCAACACGUGGCAGUCGGGCCAGCGCGGCGGGCACGGCGAGCCGUUUUACUAUGAUGCCGCCGGGCUCGCCGACGCCAUCGAGCUGCUGACCGAGACGGGCCGCGAGGUGUUCCGCCGCAAGUGGGGCCACCGCGACUGCGACCUCGCGUCUGGCGCGAAGUUGAAGUUUGAUGACCAGUGGCGGGUCGAGAAGGACUGGGAGUGA